GAGUAGUUUACACAGCAACACAAUUUUCUGUAAUUUUGGGAUUUUUUUAAUUCCCAUAAACUUGAAAUCUACGCAAUAAUGACUGAUGCAAUAGCAACAGAGGACGACAUAAAAAGUGAUAUUGAUCUUGUUCAAAAAGCAACAUGGGAACAUGAAGAACUUGCCCAGGUGCGCAUUAAAGUUAUUAAAGCCCACAAUGCAGCAGUUAAUAGCUGUGAAUUUUUUGACGAUGACGAGAAGAUUCUCACUGGGUCUAGUGACCGUACAGUAAAGCUGUUUAAUACUGAAGAUGGAGUCUGUUUAAAGACAUACAACACAAAACAUACUGAUAUCAUCACAGAGGCUAGAGGUUGCACAGAGGGAUCAAAGUUUGUAACUAGCAGUUAUGAUAAGUCCAUACAGAUGUUUGAUAUAGAAACAGGAAAAAAUUUGUGGUCAGGCAAUCAUAAUGGAAUGGUGAUGUCAUGUAAAAUCUCUAGUGACGGAAGUAUGGUCGCCUCGGGAUCUGAUCUAGAUAAUUGUCUCAAGAUUUGGGACUCACACACUGGCCAGGUUAUACACAGUAUUACAGAUCUACACAAGAGCACUAUAACAAGUGUAAUGUUUGCCCCAGAUAAUGAUAAAGUGAUCACAACAUCCAUGGACAGGACGACGAAAUUCUUUGAUUUAAAAACCAGGAAAAGCACUAUACAUUUACAGGGUCAUAUAAAUAUAGUAUCAAGCUGUGAUAUCACCAAAGAUGAGCGUAAGUUUGCUUCAGCUUCCUGGGACAAGAAUAUUUGUAUCUGGGACAUCGCCACAGGAACAUAUAGGUCAAAGGGCCCAGCAAAAUUAUGUGCUGGACAUGAGGGGUCGGUCAGCUGCUGUAAAUUUAGCAAUGAUGGUUUAAUGCUGGUUUCCGGCUCCUAUGACCAGACUGUUGUAGUUUGGGACAUAGAAAAUGAGAUACAGAAAAUCAAAUUACAGGGUCAUACAGACUGGGUUGAAGAUGUUUGUUUCAGUCAGGAUCAAAGUUGGCUCAUGUCUUGUGCAAGGGACUGUACAGUUAGAUUAUGGAAUAUAGAAGAUUCUGAUAAGAUUCCUAUAGUGCUAGAGAAGAAGAGAGCAAUUGGUGUCAAAAUAACAAAGUGUGAGAAUUGUGGUAAACCUUUCUCGAUGGCGCAGCUUGAUGACGCCGGAGACCUCACUAGAUGUGUUUUCUGCAGGGUUCAUACCUCAGACUUGUACUUUGAGAAAAUGCGAACUGAAUCCACAAACCCUGAAGUUACCGAACCAACCGAUCCGGAGAGUUGAGAAAUCUGAACUACAUUAAAACAUACAUAUUUUGAAAAAAUUUUAAGUGCUAUACUUAAUGUGUGACAAAGAAAUUCUUUUAAAAUUGGAUCAGUGAUCAGAAAAAUACAAAAACACAGGACUGGUUUUAUGUCAUGAAAUUCAGCAGGACUGUUUGUUUUCUUUUUCAUGAAAUACAGUCAAACAUGUUGUUUAUAUGUCUUGAAAAACAGAGUUUAUUACAUGAAACAAUAGUUUAAAUAAAGUAAAACUUGUUUUUUACUCAAUUUUUGUCUGAAAAUCAAGGUUUUUUAUUUUUUCAUAGAGUAAUUUUAUUUGUACAUGUAAUAAAAGUUCUUUUGUGACGAAAUGUUCCAAAAGUGGAUUGUUUAGAACAACUUGGAUUUUGCGAAGUCAUUUUUGUUAAUGAAUAAAAGAAAAGGAUUUUUUAUAAUCAACCCUCGAGAAAAGAACUUUGAAACAUUUUUUAUCACUUGAACAAUCAAGCUGUCUAAAGUCAAUUUUGUGUUGGUAUGUACACAGAUUUGAAGGGAACAUAAUUAAUUAGGUUUUAAAGAUAAUUGAUAUGCAUGUACAAACUAUGACAUAAUAGAAUGGGACACGCAACUUGGAGAUUAGUCCUGCGUUAUCAUUAGGUCCAAUGGAGCACACAUGCCGCCAUCUUAUAUUGUUGAUUGUUUUGAAAAGGUCAUUUUUGUCUGUAGUAAAAAACGUGAAUAAAAGAUAUAUGUUUAUAUAUAAGCCAACUGGCAUAAGAUUUUAUCAGUCCUUCAGUGGUUUCAACAUAAUGUAACGAAUAUUUAUCAAUGUAAUUAUUAUAAUAACGGCAAUUAAGAUAAAAUAUUAUUAAACUCUUCGUUUAUUGAUUGAAUUUGAUGGCUGUCAUUUGGACGCUAUCGUAAGACCACUGAUCUACAUGUAGUUGCUGAUGUCCCAGAUACUAUGUUCAUAAAUAUUCUGUGAUAAUUGAAUGUUAUUUUAAUAAAUUUUAUGAUUGUUAACUU